GCUUACUACAGAGCAGGGGCCUUUAACAUCACCAUCUCCAAAGAGGCUCCAGUUCUCCCUGCUGCACUCCACUCUUGGCAUCUCUGAGGUCCUGUAAAAACCAACAAAGAUGGUGAAGAUUUGCUGUUCUCUGCUCCUCUUAAGUUUACUCAGUGCGCAACUCAAUGCCAACCCUGGUCUCAAAGUGAGGAUCACCCAGAAGGGGUUGGAAUAUGCCAAAGAAGUUGGGCUGGAAAUCCUGAAGCAAAAUAUGGGGAAGGAGCAUUUCCCCGAUUUGAGUGGCUAUGAGAAAUUUGGGCUUGGUAAUGUCAAAUACAACAUCUCAAGAAUACACGUCACCGCUGUUGAAUUCCCCAAUGCUUCCAUCUCCCUCAUACCUGGGACUGGGAUCAAACUGGUGAUUGAAAAUGCUUCUCUAACCGUUGAUAUGAACUGGAACAUAAGGACCUGGAUGUUCAAAGACAGCGGAAGAAGCACAGUGUACAUUUCAAAGGUGUUUGUUACUGCAAUCUUUUCAAUACCCCUGGAUAAUAUGGGUCAUACAUCAAUAUCACUUACCAGCUGCCGGACAACUUCUGGAGAUAUAGACAUCAAGUUGAAUGGAAAAAGUGGCUUCCUGCAUAACUUCUUUAUCAAGUAUCUGAAGAAACCCAUUCACAGGAGCUUGGUCACUAACUCAUGUCCCAACAUCAGAUCUGGGAUCCAGUUGAUAGACGAAGACCUCCAAUCACUGAAUGUCCUAAUGCCAAUUGAUGAUUUGGCCAAAGUAGACUACUCCUUAAACAGCUCGCCAGCAGUAUUCCGACCGUUCAUUGACCUGGACUUAAAGGGGAUAGUCUAUCCAGCUGGAAACCAUACUGGCCCUCCCUAUGUGGCAGCUCCCUUCACUGUCCCAGACCAAAGCGACUCCAUGCUCUACCUUGCCUUCUCUGAGUAUUUCUUUCAGACCUCCUCAUUUGCUUACUACACUGCAAGGGCCUUCGACAUCACCAUUGCAGAGGAGACUUGUAGCUAUUUUAAUAUAAGCACAGAGAUAUUUGGCAGCAUCAUCCCUGAGGUAGCCAAAUAUUCAGUUACACCCUACCCAGUGAUGUUGAAGCUAAUGGCUACUGAAAUACCUGUCAUCAGCUUAGAGCAGGAUUCCUUCACAGUAGAGAUUCAAGGCUCCAUGGAGGUGUUUGCUGUUCUACCAGACUCAACCACCCAGUCGUUGUUCACAAUGAAUGUAGCAGCCAACACCAGCAUUGCUCUGAAUAUAUUUGACCAGAAAUUGAUGGGCUCACUAUGUUUGAACAGGCUCCAGUUCUCCCUAGCCCACUCCAAUGUUGGCUUUUUUGAGAUCUCACUUCUGGAGAACAUCCUGUCUUACAUUUUACAGACUGAAGUCAUUCCAUCAGCUAAUGCUAAAUUGUCAAAAGGAUUCCCUCUUCCCAAUUUGGCCAAUGUUACCUUGACGAGACCUCACAUUACAAUUGUACAGGGAUACCUGUUGAUUUCUACUGAUGUCCACUACAAACACUAAAGGCGAAGAGGGACCACUUGUUAAGCAUGAACUUCAAAUCAAUAAUGUGACUCUGAAGGUUAAACACUGUCCAGUUCUGCUGAAAUGUGUAACUUGAGCUCUGACAAGGGUGAUGUCAUCCUGGUUGGGGGCGAGGGGCGAUGCGAGGAGGCAAAGCAAGCUGAUGGAAUGGUUAGGCUGUACAGUGGUGGGAACAAGCAGACCCAGAGGAGAACGUGUGACGCAUGCUUGGCAUUAUUUAUUCUGGAGUUUAAAUGAUAUAAAAAUGUUUUUAAGAUUAAUGCCUCUCUUGAAAUACAGUUUUGUCUAUACUCUUCCAGAAAGGUACUGCAGUCUCUCAAAAGAAGGAAAAGUACA